AGUAGUUAGUUAAUUGAUCAUAAAGUAAUUAUUAUCAAGACCACGCUAUUGGUAACUAGUAAUUAUCAUUAUUCCGUUGAUCUUAUAUAGAUAUACACGGUUUUAGUAUGCUCGUCUUAUUUCAAGAGCUACAUUUGAGUAAUAAAGUAUUUUAUUUAAAAUCCUUCUUACAAAAUAGUGCCAUAAACCUUUUUGACCUGCACGGGGUUUGCCUUGAACCAAGAUAUUUUAUAAAAAAAUAAAAUUAUUAACCUGUUUUAAUUCAUUUGCCGAGAUGCGGUCACCGGCUCUGCACGAAGUUAAAGUGGUCCUCUUGAUUGUGCCAGUGAUUUUUGGACACGCCGUCUACAGCUAUUCUGCAAACGAACUGAACCAACCUGUGGGGUAUCCAAAAGAAAAGUACCUGGACUUCAUCGAGAUAGCUCACAAAUAUGGCUACUACGCUGAAGAACAUACGGUCACCACAGAAGACGGGUAUCUGCUGGCACUGUACCGAAUGCGCAACACGACGUGUCGAGUGUUCCUCACACCGGUGCUGCUCAUGCAUGGACUCCUGCUGAGCUCAGACACCUGGCUGGACUCCGGACCAGAAGAAGGCCUAGCUUACUACCUAGCCGACAACUGCUACGAUCUCUGGGUGGGAAACUUCAGAGGAAACUAUCUGGGAAGAAGACACGUGCGUCUAAACCCGGACAAAGACCCGGAAUUUUGGAAUUUCUCCUUCGAUGAGAUGGGUCUGUACGACGUCCCGGCCACCAUUGAUGCUGUCCUGGCACUGACGCAGGAAGAGACACUGAACUACAUCGGAUACUCACAAGGUGGAGGCACCUUCGCCAUCAUGUGCUCGGAAAGACCAGAAUACAGAUUAAAAGUUAACACAUUCAUCGGACUAGCUCCAGCUAUUAGAAUGAAAUUCACAAGAUCAAUACCCUUCAGAGUUUACAGCGAUUUGUUGAGCAUUUUCUGGAAAGAGACGAAGCUGUUGGGAAUCUAUGAAGUAUUGUACCGGGGAUCUUUGUUGCAAAGAGCACUGGCGAUGAUCUGCCGCCUACCAGGGUUGUUGAGGGACAAGCUGUGCGUUGGUGUGAUAUCUCUCGUGGACAGCUACGACCCCGGCUCGAUACAAUCUGAGACGCUGAGGAGACUGUACACGCAUUUCCCAGCUGGCACAUCUGUCAAAAACUUCGUCAAGUAUUCGCAAGCGGUAAACAAGGGAACCUUCCAAAAGUUCGAUUAUGGCAGAGAGAAGAAUUUAGUUAUAUAUGGCAAUGAAACUGCUCCUUUCUACAAUUUGAAGAAUUUGGACAUGCCAUCGCUUCUCAUUACCGGAGAGAAUGACUUCAUCGUCGACAUUAGGGAUGUCACUUCUGUGCAUAGACAGCUGAAAAACUCUAAACUAUUUGUUGUUAAAAAUGAAUAUUGGGAUCAUUUUGAUAUUCCGUACAGUGCUUAUUUUCCCCAACUUGUAUUUCCCGUGGUUCAUAAGCAAUUGCUGAAAUACGGUGGUGGAGGCGGCGGCGAAUACACUUAG